AUGGGAAGAAAGCCGAAAUUAGCAUCAUCAUCAUCUUCAGAUAAUAAUUUAAAAAAUACGGGAAAAUCAGAAUAUAACAAACAAGAGAAAGAACAUAUUCCUUUUGUCUUCCACAAAAUUACGGAAUACUUUUUGAAAGAAUUGGGAAGCUUGCAAUUUUCGUUCAAACCUGAACAAUGUCAAGAAAUAUUAACGAAAAUAAUUACAGCACCCUUUGCAGAAAUUUCCAACAUAUCAUCACAAAAUCAAGAUAAUAAUCUCGACAAAAUUUCAAUAAUCGAGAACGGUGUAGAAAAUGCAGACCCAACUACUUUCUCCAAUAUUACUUCAAUGAUCACAACAACACUGCCCACCGUUGCAGAAACGACCAACAACAAUAUUGCGUCAGAUACUUUUGUCCUUCCAAAAGCAGCAUCAAACUCAGAAUAUACAGAAAUUAGAGUCGAUUUAAAUCAAAAUUUUAAAUGUACCCACAAAGGUCCAGUUUUUCUAGGAAGGAGAAAAUUAAAGCUCUGCAUGCCAGAAAUACAGAAAAUUGGAGCUGAAUUUCUCUUAUUUGGAAUCAAUGAAAGUUGUGAAAUUCUACAGUCUUUGACCAUCAAUUUCAUUGGUAGGAUGCGAGAAACCAAAGGAUCGGAGGCUAAGACCAAAGCAAGAGCGAAAAAUAACAGUCAGAUAAUUCAAGAAUUUGAAUGUGACACAACCACCUACAAGGCCAUGAAGACAUGCAAGAAAUGCAGACUUGUCUUAAUACGACUACCAUCAGAAAUCUCUUCGAUUAAUGAAGAAUUAAACGUUUAUAUCUCCGCAGAACACUAUACUGUGUUACCAGAUGGAGGUAGUAAAAAUAGUGACGAGAAAGAUGACCUUAACAGCACAGAUCUUGACAAGGAAAGAAAGAGAAAAUUAGUGGAAGGUAAAAAGCCCUUGAGUUCAAAGAAAACAAAAAUUGAUGAUGAUGAAGACGCUGGAGAUUCUACGGAUGAGGAAGUACAAAACGAUGAUAUACUGCCAGAAAUCGAUGAGACAAAAAUUCCAAACCCCUAUCAAGAUUUCAUUCGAAGGUACAAAAAAGCUCUUGAAAAAAAUGUCAUAAAAAAAGAAAGAAUGAAACAGGAACAUUACCAAGAAAUUGACAAAUUUCGUAACCAGAUCAAAGAUUUAGAAAAGAAAAACAAACAAUUAACAAAAAGUUGUGUAAAAUUCGCACGAACUAUCGAAAAACUUACAACUCAAAUAGCCAUGUACAAUAGUAAGAUAACAACACCAGCAGAAGCCCCAACCUCUGGUCAAGAGAUUUUGAACACUCUUUCUACUGCUCCCUCAUCAGUCAGCUCGAACAUACCCACCACUGAGGUUGCACACAACGAAUUGCAUGUGGAUGAUGAUUUGACCUUCUUCAACGACUACGACUUGGAUUGGUCGAAUUUCAAUGAUGGAAAAAGUGCCCAACCAAGUCAUGAUUUGAACAAGAAUGACGACGAAUCUGAUCUUGAUCUCUUUGAGACAAUUCACAGGAAUUAG